AUGAGUGCAUCAUGGGCAGAUGUGGCUGAUUCAGACAAUUCCAGGGCGAAACCUGCUUAUGUUCCUCCUCAUUUAAGGAACAGACAAGCCGAGCCUGUUGCUCCUUCCCCAGGAAAUGACCGUGGUGGAUACGGUGGUCAACCUUCUCGCUGGGCUCCUCCUGGUGGUGGUGGCGGUGGUUACAGAGCUGAUUCAGGCCGUAGCGGUUACGGUGGAGGACGAGGAAGUACUGGCGGUGGUGGUGGUGGUUGGAACAACAGAGGUGGAGGAUGGGACCGUGAAGUGAACCCUUUUGGAGAUGAUGUUGAUGUAGUAGAGCCCACCGAGCAGGAGAAUACAGGCAUUAACUUUGACGCCUAUGAAGAUAUUCCCAUUGAGACUAGUGGAGGAGACGUGCCUCCUCCUGUUAAUACCUUUGCGGAGAUUGAUCUCGGGGAGGCGUUGAAUCUCAACAUCAGGAGGUGUAAGUACGUGAGGCCGACGCCAGUGCAGAGGCACGCUAUUCCGAUACUGCUUGCUCAGAGGGAUUUGAUGGCGUGUGCUCAGACAGGGUCUGGGAAGACGGCUGCGUUUUGCUUUCCGAUUAUUAGUGGGAUUUUGAGAGAUCAGAAUCCGCAGAGGCCUCGUGGUUCAAGGACUGUGUACCCUCUUGCUGUUAUCCUCUCGCCAACAAGGGAGCUUGCAAGCCAGAUACAUGAUGAAGCCAAAAAAUUCUCCUACCAAACUGGUGUGAAGGUUGUUGUUGCUUAUGGAGGAACACCUAUUAACCAGCAGCUCAGAGAACUGGAGAGAGGAGUUGACAUCCUUGUGGCAACACCUGGCCGGUUAAAUGAUUUGCUAGAGAGAGCUAGAGUCUCAAUGCAGAUGAUUAAGUUUUUAGCUCUUGAUGAAGCGGACAGGAUGCUGGACAUGGGGUUUGAACCACAAAUUAGAAAGAUUGUUGAAGAGAUGGACAUGCCUCCACGUGGUAUGAGACAGACAAUGCUGUUCAGUGCUACGUUUCCUAGGGAGAUCCAGAGACUUGCAGCUGAUUUUCUGGCAAACUAUAUUUUUUUGGCUGUGGGAAGAGUUGGUUCAAGCACUGACUUGAUUGCUCAGAGGGUUGAGUUUGUACACGAGUCUGACAAGAAAAGCCAUCUCAUGGAUCUGCUACACGCCCAGAGAGACUCUGGCAACCAUGACAAGCAAUCAUUGACAUUGGUCUUUGUGGAGACGAAGAGGGGAGCCGACUCUUUAGAAAACUGGUUGUGCAUGAAUGAGUUUCCAGCAACCACCAUUCACGGUGACAGAACACAACAGGAAAGAGAAGUGGCACUGAAGUCAUUCAAGAGUGGGAGGACACCUAUUCUGGUUGCAACAGACGUGGCAGCACGUGGUCUCGACAUCCCCCACGUGGCUCAUGUGGUGAACUUUGAUCUACCAAAUGACAUUGACGACUAUGUUCACCGCAUUGGAAGAACAGGACGUGCAGGCAAAUCUGGUGUAGCGACUGCUUUCUUUAAUGAGAAAAAUGCUCAACUGGCUAGGCAGCUUGCUGAGCUGAUGCAAGAAGCCAAUCAAGAGGUGCCUGAGUGGCUCACACGAUACGCUUCACGUGCUUCGUUUGGUGGGGGUAAGAAACGGUCUGGUGGUAGGUUUGGUGGCCGUGAUUUCAGACGGGAAGGCUCUUAUGGAGGUAGAGGAGGAGGCGGUGGCAAUGACUACUAUGGAGGAGGAGGAGGAGGAGGAGGAGGAGGUGGCUAUGGUGGCGGUGGAUACGGUGGUGCUCCAAGUGGUGGCUAUGGUGGACAAGUUACCAGUGCUUGGGAUUAA